GACGUGUCAAAGCUGGGGGAAAGUCGGGCCGACUUUCUCAUUGUCUGCAACGGGGCAAUACCUGAAGUAUGUUGACUGGCUGCAGUUUUUCUUCCUCGCUCCUUUGUUCUUAUUUGGAAAAUCUCUUCUAGUCUAGUGACACAAAAAACGUACAAGCUGGCUCCAGGUUUUUUUAUUUCCUUGAUGAUCGCCUCGGUAGAUAAACAGAAAUGCCUGAACGCUGCAUGAAGAUGUAAUAAAGGAGAAGGGAGGAUCAAACAAAAAAAGGAAAGAAAAUAGGAGAAAAGAUAUGUUCAUAUUCUGAAGUCCUAGCUUUACUGGCGAUGAACUGGACAAACAGCAUGGCAAACAGUAACCAACCUCUUUGCUCAAGUGACAUUAACCUGGGUCCGUCUGCAAACCCAAAUGCACGACCUACAGACUUUGACUUUUUGACAGUUAUUGGAAAAGGAAGCUUUGGCAGAGUGCUGCUUGCAAAACGAAAAUGUGAUGGAAAGUGUUAUGCAGUUAAGGUCCUGCAGAAGAAAGCUAUAAUAAAAAAGAAAGAGCAAAAGAAUAUCAUGGCGGAGCGCAAUGUGCUGCUGAAGAGUGUCAAACAUCCCUUCCUGGUUAGCUUGCACUACUCUUUCCAGACCCCUGAAAAGCUUUACUUUGUUCUCGACUAUGUCAAUGGAGGAGAGCUCUUUUUCCACUUACAAAAAGAGAGGUGUUUCACUGAACCUCGGGCCCGCUUCUAUGCAGCGGAAGUUGCAAGUGCAAUUGGCUAUUUGCAUUCCCUGAAUAUAGUCUACCGGGACUUGAAGCCUGAAAACAUCUUGUUAGAUUCCCAGGGACAUGUUGUCUUAACUGAUUUUGGACUUUGUAAGGAAGGAAUUGAACCAGAGGGCACAACUACAACUUUCUGUGGAACUCCAGAGUAUCUGGCCCCCGAAGUGCUAAGGAAGCAACCUUACGACAGAACUGUGGACUGGUGGUGUUUGGGAGCUGUGCUGUAUGAGAUGCUUUAUGGGCUGCCACCAUUCUAUAGCAGAGAUGUAGCGGAGAUGUAUGACAACAUCUUACACAAACCACUGGAGCUAAGGGGAGUCAAGACCAUUGCUGCUUGUGAAAUCCUGAAGGGUCUUCUGCAGAAGGACCAGCACCAGCGCCUUGGGGCCGUAUCUGAUUUUGUGGAGAUUAAAAACCACAUAUUUUUCUCUCCUAUAAAUUGGGAUGACCUGUACAACAAGAGAAUCAAGCCACCAUAUAAUCCAAAUGUGAAUGGCCCUGCUGACAUCCGGCACAUCGAUCCUGAGUUCACAAAGGAGGCAGUGCCGAAUUCUGUUAGUCGAACCCCUGAUCUGGCUUCUGGCUCGGCUUCAAGUGGUUCAGGUGCUUUCUUAGGAUUUUCUUAUGCUCCCCCGGAUGAAGCAUUUCUCAGUUAAGAAAGGAAGGAGGACAAAUCCCAGCCACAAAAGACGAAAUCUGUCUAUUGAGUGACUGGAAGAGCGUUCAUCUCCGGCAGCUAAACCAGGUGUUGUACUGCGAAUGACUGACACGAUUGAAUGACUACAUCGUUUGCUGACUUGAAAUGAAGUGAACUGCUCUGCUUGUUUUUAAAACGAUUUUCACCUCCAAGUACACCUGCCUUUAUCGCUGACUUUAUCCUGGUUUGGUCUGCAACAGUUAAGCAUUGCCAGAAUUUCUUUAAUUUCCUUGUUUCUGAACGCAGAAGAAACAAUCCAAGGAGAGAAAAUUGCUUCUGUUUUUUUCCUUUCUUUUCUUGAGAAGCUGUGCGAUAACAAUCUGGCAAAGUCAGAUAAAUGGACCGUGGAGCUGGAGCUACUUCAUUGUGAAAUUAAAGGUUGAUGAUAGGUAUGUGGAGGAGACCAUCACAGUGUCCGUCUACAUGUCUGCGUGGUAUCCUGUUCUAGCCCGCGAUGUUCACGUCUCAAUAAACAUUUCACCCACCAGCAUUCCACACAUUCUCAAAUGUAGGACGCCCUCCAAACACAUAAACAGGUAUAUUUUGUUAAGAGGUUCCUGAUUUAUGUCUUUAGGUGUCCUGUUUCAAAGCAUACUGUACAAGUUGGAUCUUUGGCUUACUUUGCCUCCUCUUAGUAGGAAGGGAAUGCUGUAGAUAGUAAGUGAAUUUCUAACAUAAUAUUAUUUUAAGAAGAACUGGAAUGUGCUUCUGCGUGAUGAAGUUAAAAAUAUGACACCUUGUGCUUUGUAGGGCAGGUCUGUCAUCUCAAGCUUAACCAUUUUCUAUGGUUUCUAUUCCAGUUCAGUCACUAAAGUGAUUGCAUGAUCACUAAAAUUUUGUAGAAGGGUGAGCAUGCACGUUAUUCAUUUAAUCACAUUUCACAAUAAAUAAGGACAUUUAAAUAUUGUACUGUAUAUCUGAGAUUUUUACUUUGUGGUUAUGGAACGAAAAUACAUCAGUAUGGCAUUGUUUUGGAAGAAAAUUGUUUAUUAAUAAAGUUUAGUUGCGCA